GUAUAUCGAGAGGAACUCCGGUAGUACCAAAAUAUACCCGUGCACCGAUCGCAUGCAUGUGUUGCAUAUUUUCACCACUACUCACAUCGCUGGUGUGCAAAUGAUGCAUGCGGAGAAAACAACACUGGAAUAUUGUUGCGGUAGACUCUUACUUUUGUCAUCAUCCCGAUAACUUCGGGAGAUAAAUUUUGUCGUGAUUGAUUAAUUUUACACUGUAAACCUUCAGAGUGGCCAGAGACAACACUUGGAUAUCAUACUAUCUAGAUUGAGAAGACAAAGAGUGGAGUGUUCUGACAGAAACACGCAUUGAUUACACGGUAUACUGUCCAAGAUGAGCAUCUUCAGGAGCAAGAUGCCAUCUUUCCUUCAUACAUCUUUUAGAGAACAACAUCACCUCAACAUGGUAAUAUACAUCUCUUUCCUAGCCAUAACUCUUCUCAUCAGAACUACACAAGCAGCUGCAGUACUAAACUACUAUAACCUCACAUCAUUCACGCCGCCAAGACGAGGGAUGAAUUUGAACCGUUUUGUGGUUCACAACAGGACAGGAAAUAUAUUCCUCGCUGCAGAGAAGAACCUCUUUAGGCUUGGCUCUGACUUGCAGAGCCUUGGAAGCACUGGGACUUCCAGUUGUGCUUUAGAUGAAUCCUGCGAGGAUAUCACCAAGAUUCUUGCCAUUUCUCAAGGUGAUGCUGAUAACUUAAUCAUCUGUACAAGUGCAGAAGGAAGGUGUGAAGUUAGGAACUUGUUAUAUAUUGAGGAUGUGAUAGAUAGUGGAAAUAUAAUGGUUCCGGGGGAGACGGAGGGUCUCACUGCAGCAGGGGUCAUCACCAAAGUGAAUCGAAGGGAGCAGUUCUAUUUAGCAAAUACACUAAGUGGAGAUUACAACUCGAUCAUCAGUCCUAUCAGGAGAUGGACCGUUUCAGACAGCUUGGACCAGGUGGAGGAUGAGCUCAACCACUACGCUUUAACCGUGUCCGUGAACAACUUCCCGAUCUCCUACAAGGAAACCUUCACCUACGAGGAAUUUGCAUAUUUCGUCAUGAACCAGGACGGGAACGUGAAGUUGGGAAGGGUUUGCAAAACGGCCAUUAUGGAAUACUAUUCAGAGAUUACCUUAAGAUGUGACAGCAGGAGCAGAACAGGCACACCUUACAACGUCAUCCAGGCGGCUCGUGUUGGGAAACCUGGCCCAGACCUGCAGAUGUCCAUGGGGUCUGGCUCAGACGACAUCCUGUUUGCAGCCUUCUCAGAAUCUGACGUUGCGACUAGUCAUGCAGCCCUGUGCGUGUAUCGCAUGGCAGAUGUCAAAGAUGCCUUUAUGCAGGCUAGUAAACAAUGUAAAAGUGGAAACAUGGAUGCCAGUCUGACAUACCUGGCUGAUGCAAAUUGCGUUUCCUUGGCCAUAUCUGACGACAUAUUACCAGGACUUGUGUGUUCUUCGGAACGCACUUUCACCUACGCCAACGGCAUCGAGGAUCUGGUAUCCACUGCUGCCGUUGAGCCAUCGUCGCAUGUCCCGUCGUCCAUUGUUUCUGCUGUAGUAAGACAUCACACUGUGGUCUUCAUUGGCACCCAAGGAGGCGACCUGUUGAAGGUCCACAUUGAGAGUGACACAUCAGGAAGAUUAUACGAGACCUUACCAAUCGGCCCUACACCCAUCCUACCUGAUAUGUACAAUGACCAAGAUACUAGCAUCCUCGUAGCAAAUCAACAAUCGCUGUACAGAUUGGCAGUGGCUAGCUGCGGACAGUUCUCGACCUGCGAAGAGUGCAUUGGAGUGGGCGGGGCGGAGGACGGAGAUCCGUAUUGUGGAUGGUGUACGCUCGAAGCGAGGUGCACGCAGUAUCAGGAGUGUGUUAACCCCGAGUUGCCCGAUCGCUGGUUGGCCUACGAUACCGGAGAGUGCAUUAACAUCAAUCACCUCUCACCUAGCAGCCUACCGAGACAGCACUCGGAGUUGGACAUCUCUUUUUCCGUUGCUCACCUGCCGAUCCUUGAGACCGAGUCCUACUCGUGCCGCUUUGAUGACAUCACUUCCCGGCUCACCUCCUCUGUCGGCAACAACGUAACGUGUCUGUCACCAGCGUCCAAUGAACUACCAGCGAUACAGUCAGGCAGCGAUCAUGUUGCGCUGAAGCUGUCCCUGUUCAUUGAUCAAACCAAUGUGGAAAUCAUCAGCACCGAUUAUUUCUUCUAUGACUGCAGCAGAAUCUCAAGCUGUACGGAAUGUUCCAGUAGUCGGUGGGAUUGUGAUUGGUGUAUCCAUGACAACGCCUGCACCCAUGACAGUUCGUCUUGUUCGGCGGUAAUCACCGGAAUGGAUGGACCAUCAUCUUGUGCCAAGCUUCUACCUGUAACAUCAGCCAUUCAAAUUCCCGUCGGUUUGGAGAGAGAAUUUCAGCUGAAAGCUAUCAAUCUUCCAUCUAUGGUUCAAGAUUUUGAGUGUGUUGUGUACGAUGAUGACGGCCGGGAGCAAGCCACAUCUGCAGUUGUCAUCAACAGAACAGACGUUAUCUGCACAGCCAGGAGGUAUACAUUUAAUACUGAUGUGUUGGAACUAGAAGUGCCCGUGUCCGUCCGUUGGAAUGGAAAUUUCUACAUUGACUCACCAAGUGAUAUCAAUGUCACGCUCUACAAUUGCGAGUUUGAGCGAGAUAGCUGUAGCCGAUGCCUGUCUCCCAAGGUCACCCCGGCUGGUUUAGGAUGCGGAUGGUGCGGGACUGUCUGCGGUGUCCGCCAGUCUCCGGAAUGUCAAGGAGAUUCCUGGAUCCCUCAAGGAUCCAAUCAGAGUUGUCCUGGUCCAGUAGUGUCAAGGAUUUUCCCUAUGUCAGGUCCCAUAGAGGGCAACACCUUGGUUGAGAUCAUCGGUAGCGACCUCGGACAAAGCUUCUCAGAUAUUGCUUCUAUCAUGCUUGGUCAGCAUUCCUGCAACCCUGCGGGUUUACAGGAGAGCUACCGGGUGGGUUCCAGAGUUAAAUGCCUUACCUCAGCAAGGAUUGGUGAAGGAGAGGUUUUAGUGAAAGUGACCGUCAGAGACUCUCAGAAUAGUUUGUUGGAGAGUACAGGAUCAGUCAGGUUUACAUACCGUGAUCCAGAGAUCACCGGGUUCAGCCCGUCAGCAGGUAUCGCCAACGGAGGCACGGUCAUCGUGAUAACGGGCACUGCCCUCAAUACAGGCAGUAACAUCACAGCAUCCAUCGGUGAUGCUCCUUGUGAUAUCAUGUCUAUCAAUGAUACCUUCGUGAGCUGUGAGACUGGUAGGGCAACGGAGAACCUGUCCAGUCUGGUGACUCUUACAUUCGAUGGAGCUGAAAGGGAUUCACAGGAGAUGUACACGUACAAACCAAACCCCACCUUCGCUGAAUUAUCAACAUCUAAGUCCAUUGUAUCGGGUGGAGUAAAUAUCACCAUUUACGGUGUGGGUUUUGAGACCGUCCAAGAAGCAUUACUGAUUGCUGCACUCAUAACAGACCCUACAAGAGCAACCUCUGUGGACUGUCUCCUCCUGAGUGAUGUAGAGAUGGUUUGUCCCAGCCCUCGCCUUCCCACUUCACAAUCGACUAAUCAGAGGAGACGUAGGAGAGAAGCAGAGGAGGUCUCCCUUGCGCUGUCGUUGGACGAUUAUCUGGUCAACAUCAGUGAUUCUUUUGAAUAUUUCCCAGACCCUUCUUAUGAAAACUUCACUGAUGUCAAAGAGGUCUAUGGGAAUGACACGCUCAAAAUUAAUGGCAAAGAUUUGAAUCUGGCAGUGAGUAAAUCGGAUGUUCGCGUCGUGAUCGGUGAUAAAGUCUGCGAAGUUCUUAGCAUCACAGCAGAGACACUCUUCUGUCGAUUACCACCCACCCCGCCUCAGGUCAAGCGAAAUGGAACCUCUCAGACCUACCCAUCAGUCAUCGUCUUCCACGGGAGCACCCUGGAAUUCAACGUGGGGAGAGUCCGCUACCUCCAUGAUUCCGAAUUCAGGAUUAUUUUGGUGUCGGUCAUCGCUGUCCUGGUGGGCGUGGCAGUGGUCUUCACUCUCAUUGCUGUCUCGGUCUAUGGAAGACGGGUUCAUCAGCACAAGCUUAAGUCAGCAGAGGGUGCUCUGAUCAGGCUGGAGGAACGGCUGAAAGACAAAGCAACCGAAGCAUUUCACGACCUGCAACGGGAUAUGUCUGGUCUGAAAGAGCAGCUCCAAGGAGUUGGUAUGCCUUUUGUGAGUGGAGCAGACUACAUUAGGAACAUGCUCUUCUGGGGCCUCAACGUCCAGCCAAUGACCAGUGAUCCUGAGCUACCCCAGGAGAGUAUAAAACAAGCUAUGUCCGAGUUUUCUAAGCUUCUCAACAAGAAGCAAUUUCUCAUGGACUACAUUCAGUGUCUCGAUGAAGCCAAGAGCUUGAAACAGAAAGACAGAGUAAACAUUGCUUCACUAAUUUCAACCAUUCUAACCACAGAAGGUCGAUUUGAUUAUCUCACUGAUGUUACGCUGACAUUGAUGGCAGACAAGAUAGAAGAUUCAGAUGAAAACAGACUCAAACAACUCUUCAAAAGUGUUCAGAGUAUACUUGAGAAGCUUCUAUCAAACUGGGUGGCACUGUGUAUGUAUAAACAUUUGCAGAAACAAGUCGCGUACCCUCUGUAUGUGCUGUACCAAGCUAUCAAGGGUCAAGUAGAUAAAGGACCAGUAGAUGCUAUCACCGGUCAAGCUCAUUUCUCUCUCAACUUUGACUAUCUCCUAGACGAGGAUGUGGAGUUUGAAGAUGUGACCCUGCAAAUCGUAGACAAAGAGCACAAGGUGUUGGAACAGGUCAAAGUACUGGAUGUUGAUACUAUCACCCAAGCCAAACAAAAGAUAUUAGAUGCUAUGUACUGCAAACGACAGACGGCACAGCAGCUCAGGUCAAAUGAAGUAGACUUGGUGCUCCUUAAUGGACGUAUGGGUCAGCUGGUUCUGAGAGAUAGAGAUUCAAUUACUGAUACUAGAGGCCACUGGAUCAAAAUCAACACCAUCAAAGCUUAUAAGAUAUCUAAUGGUUCUUCAGUAGCCAUUGUCAAGAAGCAAGAUGGGACAAAUCAAGAGUUUUCCGGCCCUCUGGUGUUGGAUAAAGCAGAACUUGCCUAUUCAUAUGUGCCGAGGUUAUCGGAUUGCUAUACCCCUUUGUCUAUGGACAGAAAACAUGCUCAGUAUGUGAAGUUAAAUGCUCUGGCAGUCCCAGCUGUGAACAAUGUCCGUACGUCUUGGGAAUAUACUCAGAUUGAUGCAGAUCCAGAGGAGGGAAAACAGAUGUGGCACUUGGUGAAAGAGGAAAGUAGUGCUAUGAACGGUAAGAGCAAGAAAGGUCACAAGAUAGACCACAAACCCAAGCUCAUAAAGGAAGUCUAUACCUCGAGACUCCUCGUCACCAAGAAUGCCAUCCAGCCUUUCCUCGAUGAGUUCUUAGAUGCUACCUUCUCGCUACCUUCAGGCCAGUCUAGUUUACCCGUUCACAUCAAGUAUCUCUUUGAUUUCUACGACGCUCGAGCCGAAGAGAACAGUAAUCUCAAGGACAAUGUAGCUGCUGCAUGGAAAACCAAUAGCCUUGCUCUUCGUUUCUGGGUAACGGCCAUCUCCCAUCCAUCUUACAUCUUUGAUAUGCAACAGUCUCGGACGGCCGAUUACUGCAUCAAUGUUCUCACCAACAUGCUAGAUCACGCAUGCAAAAAGAACAUUCCUACCUAUAAUCUGGAUGCGUCGUUAAACAGGAUCCUGUACAGGCCAGAGCUUCCAAGGUAUAUCGAGAUGAUCGAAGGAUAUUUCAAUGCCAUUGCAGACUUGCCAGAGGUAUCCCCUUCUCAGCUUGAAGAAGAAAGCCAGCAAAUUACCAAUGAAUUUUCUACCCAUUUUAGCAGACUGGGAAUGCUUUAUCAGUUGUACGAGUACACCAAAGAACACACAGAUAUGUUGGACAGCAUCAGUGCAAUAAUUGAAGAACGAGAUGACUAGACUAGAGAGAAACCAAGUAGGAAGACAACGUACAUUAGACAGAUAGAGGCAAUAUCAACCAAACUUCAAAAUGUGCAAGAUUGACAUGCUGGUUUUAUUUUUUAAUUUGGUGCUACUACAUUAUGUCAUGGCUCUCUUUUGUUUAUGUCAUUGUUUUGAAGUAUAAAUGAAAGUUUUGUAUCUUUUUUCUUUGAUGGCAAAAUGAUAGUAUGCUACGACGAUUUCUUUGUUGAAUGAGAUCAGGACCAAAUGUCUGCAAUGCCUAUUUAUUUUGUUGGCGGGCAUGCACCUUUCAUCUUUAGUUUCAAUUUUUGUAGUUAAAACUUUUCCUCAUCUCUUAUUUUAAAUCAAUUUGAGAUAUAAAGCCUCUUCUUUUAUCCUUCAUAAAUAUUUAUACAUUACUUUGCUUUUAUUCUUCAUUCUGUGAAGUCUUGCUUACUUAAAUAUUUACUUUGGAAAUGUGCAUGCCAAAUAUUAAGUGGAUUACUAUAUUUUGCCGAGAGUGCAUUUCUCAUUUUUGAUAUUUUAACUCCAGAUACAGAGCUUGCCAAGAGAAAGAGUAAGAGAAGUUGAGCUUAUGAGAGUGUUGUCAAUGUUGUCAUAUGCUGUUUGUAGCCGUGAGGGUGAACAUUUGUGAUAUUUGUAUUUUAGUAAAUUAAAUCUUCAUUUAUUAAAACAAGUCCAUUACAUGUACAUUUACUUGUAUUGAAAAAAUACAUUUUAUUCUAAUGAAAAAUGAUACUCUGUUAACAUUCAACUCUACAAUAUUUAUAUUAUUUUCUGCAAUGUUUAUUUUUAACUCAAUAAUUAAUAUCCAUAUAUUUUGUUCAAGGUCUAAAAUCUUUUCUUAUCUCAAUUUAAAACAUUGUAUGAGAAAACAUUGUAUCAGUAUGUCCAAGUAUUUUUAUUCCUUUGUUCAACUCAAAAUGUUGCUUACUUUGAUCUGUUUGAAUAUACAAUGAUAUUUUAUAUUUCUAGAUUCCAUGUGUACCAAAUAUCCUUUUGACACGUACUACAGUAUACAUCUCUUUUGAUUUUAUGAUGGCCUUUAACGGUUCCUAGUAUAUGUAGCUUGUUUUUCUGAAGAUUCAAAUACUGGGAAGGUUCAUUACAUAAAAAAAAACAACGAAAAAAAGUUAGUUAUUCUGAAAGUUCGACCGUCAAAAUGAACUAAAUGUUUUUGUAGUUCUUGAGGUAUUUUUGUAGCAACAAACCGCAUUUCAUUUUCAGAAUAACAAACUUUUGGAAUAUUGCCCCAAAUGUUUUGAUUAAUGAUCCUUUUCAUUUUCUGAUUGAUGAUGUAUAUAUGCAAUUUGCAUGUUUUGGAAUAACAGACUUUCAGAAUAAAAAUCAUUAAUCUUUUAUAGGACUUUUUUCCCAUUACACUCCCUAAAGAUUUAAUGAUAUUCUUAAGUCAUACCAAUGAAUCUAUUCUAAGAAGUUACUUUGAAGUACACAUAGAUUGGUGAUGAAUGGUUUUUCUUGGUGUGCAUGUGGUUUGAACCUGUGCCCUGUGAUUGCAUUGAUCAUUAUGUAUGAUCAAACAUUGAAAUCACCUUCAUCAUCAAUCACUAACCUUUAUGUGAUGGGGGACCAGGGGCCCAUCUUACAAUGAGUUGCAAUUGAUC